AGUUCAAGACGUGAGCGCUGCCUCUCAACAGCCGACGCCGCCCACCGCCGGCGCGCCUCCGCGCCAACUUGCGCGAUGCGACGUCCGACGACGCCUCGGCGCGCCUUGGCUGUCACCCGUCUUGUCACAACGCGUUAUCCUCUACCAAAUUAACUUCGUUUACGUAUCGUUACACUCGAACAUCACUUGACAUAAAUAACACCUGCCAGCUAAAACAUAUACAGACUGUUUGUAAUUCGUGUUUAUGUGUUCUGUCUCGAAACGAAAACGAAAAGAGCGUGAAUAUAAUUUGUUUAUUGAAAUAUCCCAUACUGUCUUUGAAAAAAGGAGGUUCUUCGUCUAUAAAACAAUGCAUGUUCUCACAAAUAGGGGGUCGUGACAAACGAAUCACGUUCGUGCGACUACGUCAGUAACUGGAAUAGAUUCAGAUAUUACGAAGCGUGAAAUUAAAGGAUAAACAAAUGAAGUCCGGAGCGAGCGCCAUAAUAAUGAAAGAGCAGUCGGCAUCAGAAGGUGUCAAGCUGCAGACACGGGCCGCGUGACCCGGCAAUACGGCUCGGCCGCGGCGCAUCGGCGAACUGGGGCAUAUCGAUAAGUGUGUCCUACUUACCCGGUUUCGUGGCGGUACCGGUGCCGCGGUGCAUUUUAGACGAAAGCGCCACAGAAGAUGUCCGGAAAGUCUUACACAUCGGGUAGCAUGCGUUCGUGCGCUGGUUCCGUUCGACUGGGCACGGCAUCCGGCCACGAGAUUGUGCUGGACGCGUUGUACGAGAGGAAACGUGACAAGAAGAGCGUGCGUGUGCUGACCGUCAUCAUAUACGUAUUCUGCGUGUCACUGGCCGCUAUAAUGCUCUCGCUCUACUACGUGUUCUUCUGGGAGCCCAAGGACGCGCAAUACGCGCAGCGCAAGGUGUCAAACACAGUCACGCCGCAAAUCAGCACUACACCAAUGCCCACUUGCUUUAUGCCCCACACCGGAGGAAGCAAUACCCCAGUGAAUCAAACUGCCAUUCCACCUACCCUAGAUGACUUCGCUAAUGCUACGAAUACUAAUGAAUCCACUGAAGCAACAAUUAACUUAAUAGAAAACUCAACCCUCCCAACUUCCCUCAAAGACAACGAAACAUCCACCACCCAUCCUAACCUCAACCACAUUAACACUCUUAACUUUACUACGGGUACAUGACGUUUCGAAAAAAUGUUAAAAAAAAUUUACAACAAAACUACUUGUAGCUGAAUCAUGUCUACAAAUAUAUACAAUGACAAGAUAGUGCUGAUUGAGUAUAUUGGUCUUAUAUGAUCACACGUAACGUUUGCCGUCUAUAAAUUCUACAUGAAUUGUGAUACAUAUGUACGUUAAGCAUUGGAUAUAAAUCUUACCACACAACGUCAGCUAUGUCGAGUCGUAAACAGAUAUGUACCUAUAAAUGAAGAAGCGAAGCUGAAAUUUUCAAAACCAAUGACAUUAUUUUCCAAAUACUAAAUAAUGUUCUAGUCGGUUUAAAAAAAUGACGUAGUAGCACCCGAUUACCUACGCUGGCAUCUUUAGGAAUCCUUGCAUAAUAUUAAAAUAUAAUGAUAUUAAAAUAUAUUUAAACAAUUGUAAAUUCGACGGUUAGGUACGUCAGUGACUAUUAAAAUAUCAUAGUAUAUUUAUAGAAAAGCGUGUAGAAAGUAAAAUCCGUGAUGUUUGCUUAAAGCGAAGUCUGAACCAAAACACCAAUAGCUUAAACUUUCUUAGGAUAAAAAAUUUAUAAUUCGUUAUCCUUAGAUACCGUUUUAUAAUAUAAGAUAGUUUGCAUUAGGUAUUUCUCGAUAAUAAUAAUAAGUUAUUGUAAGUUAAAU